CCACUGCAGAAGGACAGAGGCAACAGCAAGCACCGAGUCCCCCCUCGGCUCCACUGACCUCAAGCCCACACUCCGACUCGCAGCACCAUGAAGGCGCCCGCGGCUGUCCUCGCUGUUCUCUGCGCCAUCGCCCUCUGCGGCCAGGUCUUCUCGGCACCAUUUGGCGCUGACACCCCAACGGCCUGCUGCUUCUCCUACGCCGCCCGGCAGCUUCCUCGCAAAUUCGUAGCCGACUAUUACGAGACCAGCAGCCAGUGCUCCAAGCCUGGCGUCAUCUUCCAAACCAAAAGAGGCCGGGAGCUCUGUGCCGACCCCAACGAGGACUGGGUCCAGAAAUACAUCACCGACCUGGAGCUGAAUCUCUGAGUGGCCUGGAAGCUUUGAGGAACCCAGUGACCUCAGGGGCCCGACUGGGCAGCAGGGGUCUGAGCCUUGGGGGCACCCCUGCCGUCUCCGUAGCUACCUCUCCUGUGCGCUGGUUGUUGUCAAACAGCCACACUCUGGGACCC